AUGGCUAAACUGACAGCUCUUCGGCUCGCCAGCCUUCUUUGUUUUGCGGCCGUGCAAUCCUCUGCUGCCGUGCUUGUGGAAAGUAUUAAUCAAGUGCCUCAUGGGUGGAAGUCAGCCUCAAUCCCACACCCUUCAUCAUCGAUUGUCUUGCAGAUCGCCCUCGCGCAACAGAAUAUUCAUGAAUUGGAAUGGAGACUCGCAGCCGUAUCCACGCCCGACUCACCCGACUACGGGAAGUACUUGGACAUUAAAGAAAUUAAUGAAAUCUUCGCCCCAAGCAAUGCCACCUACACAGCCGUAGAGUCCUGGCUUAAGUCUCACGGUGUGGCGAGCUACACCAGGCAAGGUGGCAGCAUUUGGUUUCAAACUACUGUCUCUACCGCAAAUGCAAUGCUUACCACAGACUUCAAGACCUACAGUGAUUCUACUGGAACUGAAAAGCUGCGUACUCUUCAAUACUCGAUCCCAGAAGAACUAGUCGGCCAUGUUGAUCUCAUCUCUCCGACAACAUAUUUUGGCACCACCAAAGCUAUGAGAGCUUUGAAGUCUCAGAAUGUGGCUUCCGUUGCUAGAGCAAAACAUCUGAAUAAUCCACAAAAGCCAUCUGGCUGCAAUCAAACUAUCAUUCACAAGAACGAAACAUACCAAAUCUUUCACCCAGACUGCCUCAGAGCGAAAUACGGUCUUGAUGGGUAUACUCCUUCUGCAAAAUCCGGCAGCAGGAUUGGAUUUGGCUCAUUCCUGAACGAAACUUCAAGUUUUUCAGAUCUUGCACUAUAUGAGAAGCACUAUGGCCUUCCCAAGCAAAACAUUUCCGUCUUUUUAAUCAACGGUGCAACUGACGUUCAGCCACCUGCCAACAAAAACGACAGCGAGGCUAAUCUGGACGUCCAAACCAUUGUGAGCUUUACGCAUCCUCUUCCUAUCACAGAGUUUGUUGUUGCCGGAAUCCCGCCAUAUAUUCCUGAUCCUGCUUUACCGAUCGGAGAUCCUGUUCAAAACGAGCCGUGGCUGGAAUUCUAUGAAUUUCUCAUGUCCAAGACCAACGAAGAACUUCCACAAGUGAUUACCAACUCAUACGGUGACGAGGAACAGACAGUAUCAGAAUCAUAUGCCGUUCGAGUAUGCAAUCAAAUUGGGUUAAUGGGCCUUCGUGGUAUAUCUAUUCUCGCAUCAUCGGGCGACACAGGUGUUGGAAUGUCUUGCGUCGCUUCGAACAGUACCACUCCUCAGUUUAAUCCUAUGUUCCCGGCUUCGUGUCCUUAUCUUACUACUGUCGGUGGAACUCAACACCUUGAUCAUGAAAUCGCUUGGGAGCUUUCAUCCGGGGGUUUUAGCAACUAUUUUCCGAGGCCAUGGUAUCAAGAAGAAGCAGUUAGAACAUAUCUCGAGCGAUAUGUCAGCACUGAGACAAAGGCAUAUUAUGGACGUUUCGCCAAUUUCUUGGGGCGCGGCUUUCCUGAUGUUGCAGCACUCAGUCUCAACCCCGAUUAUCCAGUGAUUAUCGGCGGAGAACUUGGUCCUAAUGGAGGUACUUCUGCAUCUGCACCCGUCGUGGCUAGCAUUGCUGCACUCUUGAACGAUGCACGCCUUUACAAAGGCAAGCCCGCGCUCGGGUUUUUGAAUCCCCUAAUUUAUCAAUAUGCAUAUAAGGGCGGCUUUACGGAUAUAACAUCCGGUCAGUCUAGCGGUUGUGGUGGAAAUAACUCUCAGACAGGACCCCCUCCACCUGGAGCUGGCUUCAUCCCAGGGGCACAUUGGAAUGCGACCAAGGGAUGGGACCCUACAACAGGAUUUGGGGUACCGAACUUUAAGAAAUUACUCCCCCUGGCCCAGUCCAUCUAA